AUGUUGUGUAUUCUUAGGCCAAUAUGGAGUUGGAUGUAGGCAAGAUUGGUUCUGUUUUAAGCAAUACAAACGCAAAGUUAAGCGAUAGGUAUCGCGCUUUGUUUAUGCUGAAAAAUAUCGGAGGAAAAGAUGCGGUGACUGAAAUAUCUCGUUGUCUUGUCGAUAAAUCAGAGUUACUGAACCAUGAACUUGCGUAUUGUCUGGGACAAAUCAACAGUGAUCACGCGCUACCAAAGUUGUCGGCCAUUUUGAAAAACAAGAACCUGUCGACCAUUCUUCGCCAUGAAGCAGCAGAAGCUAUUGGAGCAAUUGGAAGCCUGGAGAGUCUUUCUCUCCUUCAGGAUUAUACUGCAGAUCCAGUCCGGGAAGUUGCUGAAACUUGCCAGCUUGCAGUUACGAGGGUGAAAUGGUUAAACUCUUCAGAUUCCAAGGAACCAGUGAUUCCAAACCCAUUUUCAUCCAUUGACCCUGCCCCUGCUGGCAGUGCUGAUAACAGGAAUAUAAGUAGCCUUCAAGAAAUGCUGGUCAACACUGAGUUAUCGUUAUUUGAUCGUUACCGUGCUAUGUUCUCUCUACGUAAUAUUAACAGCAAUGAAUCAGCGACGGCACUCGCUGUCGGUCUACAGUGCUCGGACAGCGCUCUUUUUCGUCACGAGGUGGCGUAUGUACUCGGGCAAAUGCAGAAGAGUAACACCGUGCCCCAACUAACGGCUUCUUUAUCAGAUCUCCAUGAGAACUGUAUGGUUCGGCACGAGUGCGCUGAAGCGUUGGGUUCGAUCGCAACUGGCGAUUGUUUAAAAACAUUGGAAGAAUUUAAGCGUGACGAAAACACCGUUGUCCGUGAAAGUUGUGAAGUAGCACUCGAUAUGUUGGAAUAUGAAAACAGCAGUGAAUUCAAUUAUUCCAUUGUUACAUCAUAAUACAUGUUUGUUAUCAUUAGUUUAAUAAAUUGUGCUGCUAUAGAAAUCCUAUAGAAAGGCAGUACAUGUUGUUUACUCUAUCUUUAAACAAACUAGGAUAGGCAAUCGAAAAAAAAGUGUUUUUUAACUGUGGGAAAUAAUUGGCUCUUUUUACUUUAUUAGUUGAUAUUAACCCAUUGGCUUUGUUUUAGUAAGUUAUUAAAUAAUAUAAAACAUGCUUGUCAUUAAAUUAGUAGUGAAUAUUUUUUUAGUAAGUUUCGAAAUUUCUUACCAGAGAACGGAGCCAGAGACCUUGGAUACUUUGUAGAGAUAAUAAUAUGAACAUUGCUUGUAGCUUGUUCAUAAAUUACCAAUUCAUUACUGCCAAUCUGCCAUAAUGUUACCAUUUACAAUUUCAAUAAUAGAUUCAGUGCCAACUUUAGUUUACAAGUGCUAUCGUACCAUGUUUAACUCUUCUUGUCUUAUUACA